AUGAAGUUUUCGUCAACAAGUCUAUAUAGCAAACAAUAAAAAAUUAUCUUACUAAAAUAUUUUUGGCUGAGAUAAGUAGUAUGAUGAAAUACUAUAUUAGAUUUUAGCGCUUUAUCUAUAGGGUAAGCUGCAACAGAAAAUAACGAAAAUAAUCAAUAAUAUGAAUUUCUUUAUAGUUGGAAACAUAUUUAUAUAUUUAGAAUUAAUAGUUUUGAUCUAACCAAAGUGAAUGGAUGGCAUUUGGAAAGAAUGAGAUAUAGAACUAAUAAUAUGAUCAAUAAAUUAAAGAAGUAUAUUUGCCUGAAAAAGAGAAUUUCCAAGAGUAUAUAUAAGAGAAGAUUAAUUGAGAUACAAGCAAUCAAAAAGAAUUUAAUAAAGUUGUUAUCCAAUCUCUAAAUACUGUUAAUGAAACACAUCAUAAAUUUGACAUUGAAUCAUUGUCGAGUGUCAUACAAUCCAAUCAAUAUAAUACAUAAUCUAAAUCUGAACUAUUGA